AUGGUGUUGCGCUGUGUGGUGGUUGACUGCGGUGGAGUCACCCAUCCAGACUCGGGUUUGAAAGAGGCAGUUCGUCGUCGAGUGCCUUCAGAAAUCUCAGACGAUGCUGCAAAGGCGGCCAAAGCAGCGUGGAAUGCUGUCAAGGAGAACCCGGCAGUCACCAAGGACAGCUUCUGGCAGAUGGUUUGUGAAUCAAGCGGUCUGGACCCGUCUUCUGUGAAAGAAGCUGAUGCUGACAUAUGUGGCACCCUGCGAAGUCAUUAUUCCGAGACGUUGGAGGUGUUGAAGAUUGCCCGCGAUGAGGGCAUCGUGCUCGGUGUCAUUUCGAACCACUUAGGUUUCUGGUUUCAUGAGGAGUGUGCGGCUCCUUGUGGGCUGCGAGACCUGGUCGCACCAGAGUUGCUCCUGGUCAGCUCCGAGGUGGGCUGCUCCAAGCCUGGCAAUCGGAUCUUUGAGCUUUUCCUGGAGCGAUUGCAUACACAGCAUCCAGGGUUGACAGCAGCUGAUUGUAUCUUCGUGGACGACAAGGUGGAGAACGUGACGGCCGCCCGGGCCCUGGGCUUCCAGGGCCUUUGCUUCAAUGCCAAAACGGCCGCACCGGGAGCCUUGGCAGAGGACUUGAAAAAGGCGGGCGUGCCCUUGCCUUAG